UUGCCCCCCUUAGGGGAACGGCGCCGCUGGCAUUGGCGGUGAGCGGGCGUGAGUGACAGGCUGCAGUGCAGUGCGUUUGCUCGAGCUCCCCUAUAUGGCUGUGGAUUAGCUAUAUGCUAAUAUCGAUAGGAGAGAGGAGCAGCAGCGCCGUGCUGCAAGGCGACAGUGGAGGCUAUCAGAGUCUAAGCAGGCUCCUCAACAGCCAUGGCUGAAGGUGGAGAAGGGGAAGAUGAAAUUCAGUUCUUGAGAACUGAUGAUGAAGUGGUGCUGCAGUGUGUCGCCAGCAUUCAGAAGGAGAAUCGCAAGUUCUGUCUAUCUGCUGAGGGAUUGGGGAACCGACUGUGCUACUUGGAACCCACAUCAGAGGCCAAGUAUGUCCCUCCAGAUUUGUGCAUCUGUAACUUUGUGUUGGAGCAGUCCCUGUCGGUGCGUGCCCUGCAAGAGAUGUUGGCCAAAACCGGAGACAACAGCGAGGGACCACGUGACAUGGAUCAAUGGAGGCUCAUCCGGAAGGCAGUGCAAGGAGGUGGGCAUCGGACCCUGCUGUAUGGCCAUGCCAUCCUCCUUUGCCACUCUUUUAGCGGGAUGUACCUGACUUGUUUGAAGACAUCUAGGUCCCUAACUGAUAAGUUGUCUUUUGAUGUGGGACUUCAAGAAGAUUCAACUGGUGAGGCUUGUUGGUGGACAAUCCACCCUGCCUCCAAGCAGAGAUCGGAGGGUGAGAAGGUGCGCAUCGGUGAUGACCUCAUCCUAGUCAGCGUGUCCUCAGAGCGGUACCUUCACCUGUCCAUUUCCAACGGCAGCAUACAAGUGGAUGCCUCCUUCAUGCAGACACUGUGGAAUGUCCAUCCCACCCGAUCGGGAAGCAGCGUGGAAGAAGGCUAUUUGCUAGGAGGUCAUGUGAUGCGUCUGUUUCAUGGACACGAUGAGAGCCUCACCAUUCCUGGGUCAGACCAGAGUGAAGAGCAGCAGAGAAUUGUGAACUAUGAGACGGGCAAAGCAGGUGCCAAAGCCAGGUCCCUCUGGAGACUGGAGCCUCUUCGGAUCAGUUGGAGUGGGAGUCACAUCCGCUGGGGCCAGCCAUUUCGCCUUCGACACCUCACCACGGGCCACUACCUGGCGCUGACAGAGGACAGGGGGUUGGUCUUGCAGGACCGGGAAAAGUCUGACACGGCCUCCACUGCCUUCUGCUUCAGACCCUCCAAGGAAAAGGUGGAGUCCAGCCCAAAACGUGACAUUGAAGGAAUGGGGGCGCCGGAGAUAAAGUACGGGGACUCCAUCUGCUUCGUCAUGCAUGUGGCCACGGGGCUGUGGCUGUCCUACCAGGCUCCAGAUGUGAAAUCUGCUCGCCUGGGACCACUCAAGAGAAGGGCCUGUCUCCACUCAGAGGGUCACAUGGACGAUGGGUUGACCCUCCAGCGCUGCCAGCAUGAGGAGUCGAGGGCAGCUCGCAUCAUCCGCAACACCACCAGGCUCUUUCACCACUUCAUCAGAGACUUGGACAGUUUGAGUGGAAAGAACCGUGCGGCUGUCGCCUUGCCGAUUGAGGAGGUCCUGCAGACUCUGAAUGACCUCAUCACCUACUUCCAGCUGCCCGAUGCCGAGCUGGAGCACGAGGAAAAACAGAACAAGCUCCGCUCACUCAAGAACCGGCAGAACCUCUUCAAACAGGAAGGAAUGCUGACCCUGGUGUCCAGCUGCAUUGACCGGCUGAGUGUGUAUAACAGUGCGGCCCAUUUUGGGGAGUGUGCUGGGGAGGAGGCCGGUGCAGCUUGGAAGGACAUCCUCAACCUCCUUUAUGAGCUGUUGGCUGCCCUCAUAAAGGGGAACAGAAACAACUGUGCCCAGUUCUCCCAAAACCUGGACUGGUUGGUCAGCAAGCUUGAGAGACUGGAGUCAUCCUCAGGAAUCCUUGAAGUCCUCCACUGCAUCCUGAUUGAGAGCCCUGAGGCUCUGAACAUCAUCCAGAAAGGGCACAUCAAGUCCAUCAUCUCCCUGCUGUACAAACAUGGGCGUAACCACAAGAUUCUCGAUGUGCUGUGUUCUUUGUGCGUCUGCAAUGGGGUUGCUGUGCGAGCCAAUCAGAACUUCAUCUGCGAUCACCUGCUUCCCAACAGAGAUCUGCUUCUCCAGACGCGAUUGGUUAAUGACGUCCAGAGCAUGAGGCCCAAUAUUUUCCUGGGUAUGAGUGAAGGUUCGGCCCAGUAUAAGAAGUGGUAUUAUGAGCUCAUGAUUGACCAGGUGGACCCUUUCUUGACCAGUGAGCCCUCCCACUUGCGUGUUGGCUGGGCCAACACCAAAGGGUAUGCCCCAUACCCUGGGGGUGGAGAGGGCUGGGGGGGUAAUGGUGUGGGCGACGACCUCUACUCCUACAGCUUUGAUGGACUGCACCUCUGGUCCGGACGCGUUCCACGGGCGGUAGCCUCCAUUAACCAGCACCUUCUGACCUCUGAUGACGUGGUGAGCUGCUGCCUAGACCUGGGUGCCCCCAGCAUCUCCUUCCGCAUCAAUGGGCAGCCCGUUCAGGGCAUGUUUGAGAACUUCAACACAGACGGCCUCUUCUUCCCUAUCGUCAGCUUCUCUGCUGGGGUCAAAGUGCGUUUCUUGCUGGGGGGUCGCCAUGGUGAUUUCAAGUUCCUUCCCCCCUUGGGUUACGCGCCAUGUUAUGAGGCCUUGCUGCCCAAGGAGAAGAUGCGGGUGGAGCCAGUGAAGGAGUACAAGCGUGAUGUAGAUGGUGUGAGGGACCUGCUGGGUACGACCCAGUUUAUGUCCCAAGCGUCCUUCAUCCCCAAACCUGUGGAGACCAGCCAGAUCGUCCUGCCUCCUCAUCUUGAGAAGGUUCGGGACAAACUGGCAGAAAACAUCCAUGAACUGUGGGGUAUGAACAAGAUCGAGCUUGGCUGGUCUUACGGUAAGGUGCGGGAUGACAACAAGAGACAGCAUCCUUGCCUGGUGGAUUUCUCGAAGCUUCCUGAAACUGAAAAGAAUUACAACCUGCAGAUGUCAACUGAGACGCUGAAGACCUUGUUGGCAUUGGGCUGCCAUGUUGUCCAUGUCAAUGUCAACGCAGAAGAUGAUCUGAAAAAAAUGAAGCUUCCCAAGAACUACAUGAUGUCCAAUGGUUAUAAACCCACUCCACUGGAGCUUUCCGACGUAAAGCUGACACCUGCUCAGGAAAUUCUGGUCGAUAAGCUGGCUGAGAAUGCUCACAAUGUUUGGGCAAAGGACAGAAUCAAGCAAGGAUGGACCUAUGGCAUUCAGCAGGAUUUGAAGAGCAAGCGCAAUCCUCGCCUGGUGCCAUAUGCUUUAUUAGAUGAGCGCACAAAGAAGUCGAACAGGGACAGCCUCCGUGAGGCUAUCAGAACGCUGAUUGGAUAUGGAUACAAUAUUGAACCUCCAGACCAAGAGAGUGCCGGCCAUGUCAGUGAGAGGCUGAGUAUUGACAAGAUCCGCUUUUUCCGUGUGGAGCAGACGUAUGCUGUGAAAACAGGGAAGUGGUACUUUGAAUUUGAGGCUGUCACCGGGGGAGACAUGCGUGUAGGUUGGGCCCGACCAGGAUGCAGGCCUGACAUAGAUCUGGGCAUGGAUGACCAGGCAUUUGUUUUCGAUGGGUACAAGGGUCACCGAUUGAACAUGGGCAGCCGCUUCUUUGGUCGUACAUGGCAUGCGGGCGAUGUAGUCGGCUGCAUGAUCAAUAUGGAGGAUAAAUCUAUGAUCUUCACCCUGAAUGGAGAGAUCCUCAUUACCAAUAAGGGCUCCGAACUAUGCUUCACAGAUUUUGAGACUGAGGAGGGAUUCAUUCCAGUAUGUAGCCUGGGUCUCUCUGAGAUUGGUCGCAUGAACCUUGGGAAGGAUGCCAGCACCUUCAAAUACUACACCAUGUGUGGUCUUCAGGAGGGCUUUGAGCCUUUCGCCGUUAACAUGAACCGGGAAGUUACUAUGUGGUUCAGUAAACGUCUACCUACCUUCGUCAAUGUGCCAAAAAACCACAACCAUAUAGAGGUGACCAGAAUUGAUGGCACCAUCGACAGUCCGCCGUGUCUCAAAGUGACCCACAAGACCUUCGGGACCCAGAACAGCAAUGCUAAUAUGGUGUUUUGCCGGCUGAGCAUGCCAGUGGAGUUCCAACCCACCUUUCGGAGCAGUCCCUCUAUUGACAUAAAUGGGGUGCUUGAGGACGAGUCUCAGAAACCCAAACACAGACAUGCUGGCAAAGCCCAGAAACAUCAGGAAGAUGGAAGGAGGACAGAUUACAGUAGCAUCACGAUGUACUAUCACUCUGUGCGGGUUUUCGCCGGUCAGGACCCCUCCUGUGUGUGGGUGGGUUGGGUCACUCCUGACUACCAUUACUAUAGCAACAACUUCAGCCUCAGCAAGAACCGAACGGUCACUGUUACUCUGGGAGAUGAGAGAGGGCGGGUCCACGAAAGCAUUAAGAGGAGCAACUGCUACAUGGUGUGGGGAGGGGACAUCGCCAGCACCGCCCCCUCCUCUGGCCGCAGCAACGUGGACUUGGAGGUCGGGUGCCUCAUCGACCUGGCCACUGGCCUUGUGUCUUUCUCUGCUAAUGGCAAGGAGCUGCCUACCUCCUACCAGGUUGAGCCCAACACAAAGCUGUUCCCAGCAGUGUUUGUGCAACCCACAAGUCCCAAUCUGUUUCAGUUUGAGCUGACGAAGAUAAAGAAUGCCAUGCCCCUGUCAUCCGCCAUCUUUAAGAGCGAGCACAAAAAUCCGGUGCCACAGUGCCCGCCCCGUCUGGACGUACAGACCAUCAUCUCUGUGCUGUGGAGCCGGAUGCCCAACACCUUCCUGAAGGUGGAGACUGCCAGGGUGAGCGAGCGGCAUGGCUGGGUGGUGCAGUGCCUGGAGCCCCUACAGAUGCUGGCUGUGCAUAUCCCUGAGGAGAACAGGUGUGUGGACAUAAUGGAACUCUCAGAACAGGAGGAUCUGAGGAAGUUCCACUACCACACGCUUAAUCUCUACUGCGCCCUCUGUGCCCUGGGGAACACCCGGGUGGCACACGCCCUCUGCAGCCACCUUGACCAGUCCCAGCUGCUAUACACCAUCGAUAACCAGUAUCUGUCCGGCAUGUUGCGGGAGGGCUUUUAUGACGUUCUCGUCAGCAUUCACCUGGAGACGGCGAAGGAGGCCCGCCUCAUGAUGAAUAACGAGUUCAUCAUCCCCGUAACCGACGAGACACGCAGCAUCCGCCUCUUCCGCGACGAAUCCAAGAUCCACUCACCUCCAGGCGUGAGCCUCAGUACCUCGCUCAAGCCCCGGCUCAACUUCGUGCCGCCCUGCUUCAUCACCACCAAGCGGGAGCAGCACCUCUACAGCCCGCAGAUCCCGCUGGACGCGCUCAAGGAGAAGGCCAUCAGCAUGCUGACGGAGGCCGUUCAGGGCGGCGGCCACCACAUCCGUGACCCAGUGGGAGGCAGCGUGGAGUACCAGUUUGUGCCCAUCCUCAAGCUGAUCGGCACACUGCUCACCAUGGGCGUGCUGGCCAGUGAGGACGUGCACAAGAUUCUGCUGCUCAUUGACCCCAAUGUCUUUGGUGACUCCAAGGAGGAAGAACCAGAAGAGGCCACCAAGAAGGAGGAGGUGACUAGCAAUGAGGAAAAGGCCGUGGAAGCAGGGGAGGAGGAGGCCAAGGAUGCUAGGCAGCCAAUUAAGGGCCUGCUGGAAAAGAGACUGCCUGAGUCUGUCAAACGACAGAUGUGCGAACUCCUCCACUACUUCUGCGACUGCGAGCUGAGGCACCGCAUCGAAGCCAUCGUGUCUUUCUCAGACAGCUUUGUCUCCAAGCUUCAGUACAACCAGAAGUUCCGAUACAAUGAGCUGAUGCAGGCCCUCAACAUGUCUGCUGCCGUCACCGCCAAGAAGACGAAAGAGUUUCGCUCGCCUCCCCAGGAGCAGAUUAAUAUGUUGCUGAAUUUCAGCAUGGGCGAGGAUUGCCCGUGUCCAGAGGAUAUCCAGGAGGAGCUGUAUGACUUCCAUAAUGAGCUGCGCCUGCACUGUGGAAUCCCCACCGAGGAGGAGGAAGAGGAGCAGGACACUUCCAUCAAGGGUCGCUUACUGGCUCUGAUCUACAAGAUCAAAGGCCCCCCACAGAAAACCAAGGAGGAGCCUACAUUGGAGGAGAAGUCAGCUCCCACCAAUCUGAAGGAGCUGAUCUCCCAGACCAUGGUGAGCUGGGCCCAGGAGUGCCACAUCCAAGACCCGGAGCUGGUGCGGGUCAUGUUCAGCCUGCUGCGACGGCAGUACGACAGCAUCGGUGAGCUCCUGCGGGCCAUGCGCAAGAGCUACAGCAUCAGCGCCGCCUCCGUGCAGGAUACCAUCCACCUGCUAGCCUCGCUGGGCCAGAUCCGCUCACUGCUCAGCGUACGCAUGGGUCAGGAGGAGGAGCGGCUUAUGAUCGACGGCUUGAGCGACAUCAUGAACAAUAAAGUUUUUUACCAACACCCCAACCUGAUGCGGGUCCUGGGCAUGCAUGAGACUGUGAUGGAGGUGAUGGUGAAUGUACUUGGGGGUGGCAAGUCUCAGGAGAUCGCCUUCCCGAAGAUGGUGGCCAGCUGCUGCCGCUUCCUGUGCUACUUCUGUCGGAUCAGCCGUCAGAACCAGAAGGCCAUGUUCGACCACCUGAGCUACCUGCUGGAGAACAGCAGUGUGGGACUGGCAUCUCCUUCUAUGCGGGGCUCUACGCCUCUGGAUGUAGCCGCCUCAUCAGUGAUGGACAACAAUGGUCUAGCGUUGGCACUAGAGGAGCCAGACCUGGACAAGGUGGUGACAUACCUGGCUGGCUGUGGGCUCCAGAGCUGCCCAAUGCUCUUGGCGAAAGGAUAUCCUGACGUUGGCUGGAACCCUAUUGAAGGCGAACGCUACCUGUCCUUCCUUCGUUUUGCUGUUUUUGUCAAUGGUGAAAGCGUGGAGGAGAACUCUACUGUUGUGGUGAAGUUGCUGAUCCGGCGGCCAGAAUGUUUUGGUCCAGCCCUUCGGGGCGAGGGGGGCAAUGGCCUCCUGGCUGCCAUGAAGGAAGCCAUCAAGAUCUCCGAGACCCCAGCCCUGGACCUGCCCAGUGCUGGCCAGGGGGUCAGCUCACACGUCUCUGCUGAAGAUGAAGAGGAGGAAGAAGUGGUGCACAUGGGCAACGCCAUCAUGUCCUUCUACUCCGCUCUUAUUGACCUGCUGGGGCGCUGCGCCCCGGAGAUGCAUCUGAUCAACAAGGGUAAAGGGGAGGCCCUGCGGAUCCGUGCCAUCCUGCGAUCUCUGGUUCCCACAGAAGACUUGGUGGGAAUCAUCAGUAUACCCCUGAAAAUGCCUGUAGUGAACAAAGAUGGAACUGUAACGGAGCCUGACAUGUCAGCCAGCUUUUGUCCGGACCACAAGGCACCCAUGGUGCUGUUUUUGGACCGUGUAUAUGGUGUCGAGGACCAAAGCUUCCUUCUACAGCUGCUGGAGGUUGGCUUUCUGCCUGACCUGCGUGCCUCUGCCUCUUUGGACACGGAGACACUGAGCACCACAGAGACAGCGCUGGCCAUGAACAGGUACAUAUGCUCUGCGAUGCUGCCUCUGCUGACCCGCUGCGCCUCGCACUUCGCGGGCACGGAGCACUACGCGACGCUCAUCGACUCUACCCUGCACACCAUCUACCGACUCUCCAAGGGCCGCUCUCUCACCAAGGCCCAGCGCGACGCGAUCGAGGAGUGCCUGCUCGCCAUCUGCAAGCAUCUCCGGCCCUCGAUGCUUCAGCAGCUACUGCGGCGCCUCGUCUUCGACGUGCCCUUGCUUUCGGAGUACUGCAAAAUGCCCCUAAAACUCCUGACCAAUCACUACGAGCAGAGCUGGAAGUACUACUGCUUGCCUGCGGGAGGCGGUGGGUAUGGUAUGGCAUCUGAGGAGGAGCUGCUUCUUACCAAGAAGCUGUUCUGGGGAAUCUUCGACUCUCUCUCACAGAAGAAAUACGACCCGGAGCUCUUCAAAAUGGCCAUGCCCUGCCUGAGCGCCAUCUCCGGAGCACUGCCGCCUGACUAUGUGGACUCCUCUAUUAGCACCACCCUGGAGAAGCAGGCUUCGGUGGAUGCCCAGGGCAACUUCGACCCCAAACCUAUCAACACUGCUAACAUUUCGCUUCCAGAGAAGCUGGAAUAUGUUGCCAACAAAUAUGCAGAGCAUUGUCAUGACAAAUGGGCUGCAGAAAAGUUGACCUUGGGUUGGAAGUUUGGGGAGACGGUAGACGAGAAGGCCAAGACCCACCCUCUGCUGAAGACUUACAAGUCCCUGGCAGAGAAGGAGAGGGAGGUUUAUCGCUGGCCUGUGAAGGAGUCUCUGAAGAGCAUGCUAGCUAUGGGCUGGAACAUGGAGAGGACCAAGGAGGGCGAAGCUAUGGUCCAGCAGCGGGAGAGUGAGAAGCUACGUAGGAUUUCCCAGUCCUCUCAGCAGGGAAAUGGCUACAGCCCGUGUCCAGUGGAUAUGAGUAAUGUACUUCUGUCAAGAGAGUUACAGGGCAUGGUUGAGGUGGUAGCAGAAAACUACCACAAUAUUUGGGCAAAGAAAAAGAAAACUGAACUUGGAAGCAGAGGUGGUGGGACACACCCCUUGUUGGUGCCCUACGACACCCUGACGGCCAAAGAGAAGGCCCGGGAUCGGGAGAAGUCCCAGGAGCUGUUCCGCUUCUUGCAAAUUAAUGGAUACGCUAUCACAAGAGGCCUGAAGGACAUGGAGCAGGACUCUUCUUCCAUGGAGAGGCGCUUCGCCUACAAAUUUCUGAAAAAACUGCUGAAAUACGUGGACUCUGCACAGGAGUUCAUUGCUCACUUAGAGGCUAUGGCCUCCAGCGGCAAGACUGAUAAGUCUCCACAUGAGCAGGAAAUCAAAUUCUUUGCAAAAGUCUUGCUCCCGCUAAUAGACCAGUACUUCAAGAACCACAGUCUCUAUUUUCUUUCAUCUCCUAGCAAGAACCUGAGUAGCAGCGGCUAUGCCUCCAACAAAGAGAAGGAGAUGGUCACCAGCCUUUUCUGUAAACUGGCAGCUCUUGUCAGGCACCGGAUUUCUCUUUUUGGAAGCGAUUCAGCCACCAUGGUGAGCUGUCUCCACAUCCUGGCACACACUCUUGAUACCAGGACGGUGAUGAAGUCCGGCUCAGAGCUAGUGAAGGCGGGACUGCGGACCUUCUUUGAGAACGCCGCAGAGGACCUGGAGAAGACGCUGGAAAACCUGAAGCUGGGGAAGUUCACACAUUCUCGUAGCCAGAUGAAGGGUGUCUCCCAGAAUAUCAACUACACCACAGUGGCCCUUCUGCCAAUCCUCACAGCCCUUUUCCAGCACAUCACCCAACACCAGUUUGGUGUGGACCUGCUAUUGGAUGAUGUCCAGGUGUCCUGCUACCGUAUCCUGACUAGCCUGUACUCGCUGGGAACUGGAAAGAACAUCUAUGUAGAGAGGCAGCUUCCGGCCCUGGGGGAGUGUCUGGCUACUCUAGCAGGAGCCAUGCCUGUAGCCUUUCUGGAGCCCCAGCUAAACAUGCACAACCCCUGCUCAGUUUUUAACACAAAGACCGCUCGCGAGCGUGCCAUUCUAGCCAUGCCGGAUACAGUGGAAGAGAUGUGUCCGGAGAUACCUCGUCUUGAUGGCUUAAUGUCUGACAUCAAUGAUAUGUCAGAAUCUGGUGCACGUUACACAGAGAUGCCUCAUGUCAUAGAGGUGGUGCUGCCCAUGAUCUGCAGUUACCUUUCCUACUGGUGGGAGAAGGGGCCAGAAAAUACCACUGAGGGCAGCUCUGGUGCCUGCUGCACCACCGUAACUUCCGAGCAUCUUAGCGUCAUCUUGGGCAACAUCCUCAGGAUUCUCAACAGCAACCUGGGCAUCGACGAGGCCUUAUGGAUGAAGAGGAUUGCUGUAUACGCCCAACCCAUCAUCAGCAAGGCACGGGCUGAUCUGCUGAAGACCCACUUCCUGCCCACACUGGAGAAGUUGAAGAAGAAGACCGUAAAGGUGGUGGCAGAGGAGGAGCUUCUCAAAGCUGACAGCAAGGCUGACACGCAAGAAGCAGAGCUCUUGAUCUUGGAUGAGUUUGCCGUGUUGUGCCGUGACCUCUAUGCCUUCUACCCCAUGUUGAUUCGCUACGUAGACAACAACAGAUCAAGAUGGCUGAAGGAGCCAGAUGCUGAUUCUAAUGAGCUCUUCAGAAUGGUGGCUGAGAUCUUCAUCCUCUGGUGUAAAUCACAUAACUUCAAACGUGAAGAGCAGAACUUUGUGGUUCAGAAUGAAAUCAACAACCUCUCCUUCCUGACCGGAGACAGCAAGACCAAGAUGUCCAAGUCUUAUCUGGGAAAGUCAGGAGGACAGGACCAGGAGAGGAGGCACAAAAAACGACGUGGCGAGUUCUACUCCAUCCAGACCUCCCUCAUCGUGGCAGCUCUGAAGAAAAUGCUGCCCAUUGGCCUCAACAUGUGCACCCCGGGUGACCAGGAGCUCAUUUCCCUGGCCAAGAGCCGUUACACUCUGAAAGACACAGAUGAGGAGGUCAAGGAGCACGUGCGGCAGAAUCUGCACCUGCAGGAGAAGUCUGAGGACCCAGCAGUGAGGUGGCAGCUGAACCUUUACAAAGAUGUGGUGGUGAAGAAUGAGGAGCCGCCUGACCCCGAUCGCAUCGUGGACCGCGUGCAGAGGAUCUCCGCUGCCGUAUUUCACUUGGAGCAGGUGGAGCAGCCGCUGAGGUCCAAAAAGUGUGUGUGGCAGAAGCUGCUUUCCAAACAGCGUAAGCGUGCUGUGGUGGCCUGCUUUCGCAUGGCUCCUCUCUACAACCUGCCCAGGCAUCGCUCUAUUAACCUCUUCCUCAUGGGCUAUCAGAAAAUUUGGAUAGAGACAGAGACGUACUCCUUUGAGGAGAGCCUAGUGCAGGACCUGGCAAAGAUCCAGAUGAAGGUGGAGGAGGAAGAGGAGGAGGAAAGAGAGGUGCAGCCAGACCCUCUUCAUCAGCUUAUCCUUCAUUUCAGUCACAAUGCACUCACAGAACGGAGUUACUUGGAAGAGGACGCUUUAUACAUUGCAUAUGCUGACAUGAUGGCAAAGAGCUGUGCCGAAGGUGAAGAAGAAGAAGAGGAGGAUGAGGAGAAAGAGAAGACCUUUGAGGAGAAGGAGAUGGAGAAGCAGAGGACUCUCUACCAGCAGGCCAGGCUGCAUGACAGAGGGGCGGCUGAGAUGGUCCUGCAAAUGAUCAGUGCCAGUAAAGGCCGGUUGGGUCCUAUGGUCACAGUCACACUGAAAUUGGGCAUCUCCAUUCUCAACGGCGGAAACGUGCUGGUCCAGCAGAAAAUGCUGGAUUACCUAAAGGAGAAAAGAGAUGCUGGAUUCUUCAAGAGUUUAUCUGGACUGAUGCAGUCUUGCAGUGUCCUGGAUUUGAAUGCAUUUGAAAGGCAGAACAAAGCAGAAGGUCUGGGAAUGGUGACUGAGGAAGGUUCAAUCAACGUGAGUGAGCAGGGCUCUAAGGUACUGCAGAACGAUGAUUUCACAAAGGAUCUCUUUAGGUUCCUGCAACUUCUCUGUGAAGGUCACAAUAACGACUUCCAAAAUUUCCUGCGUACCCAAACUGGAAACACCACCACCGUUAACAUAAUCAUCAGUACCGUGGAUUAUCUGCUUCGGCUGCAGGAAUCCAUCAGCGAUUUUUACUGGUACUACUCUGGAAAGGAUGUCAUGGAUGAAACUGGCCAACGUAACUUCUCCAAAGCCUUGGCUGUAGCCCGGCAGAUCUUCAAUUCCCUCACUGAGUACAUCCAGGGCCCCUGUAUUGGGAACCAGCAAAGUUUGGCUCACAGCAGACUGUGGGAUGCAGUAGUAGGCUUUCUGCAUGUCUUUGCCAAUAUGCAGAUGAAGCUGUCACAGGACUCAAGCCAGAUCAAGCUACUGAAGGAACUGCUGGACUUGCAGAAGGAUAUGAUAGUCAUGCUGUUGUCUCUUCUGGAAGGAAACGUGGUAAAUGGAACAAUUGGUAAGCAGAUGGUGGACACCUUGGUGGAAUCCUCCAGCAACGUGGAGAUGAUCCUGAAGUUCUUUGACAUGUUCCUCAAACUGAAGGACCUGACUACCUCUGACAACUUCAAAGAAUAUGAUCCUGAAAGCAAGGGUGUGAUCUCCAAAAAGGAAUUCCAAAAAUCCAUGGAGAAUCAAAAGCAGUACUCCCAGUCAGAGAUUGAGUUCCUUCUUUCCUGUGCAGAGGCUGAUGAGAAUGAUAUGUUUAGUUAUAAGGAGUUUGUGGAACGCUUCCAUGAGCCUGCCAAGGAUAUUGGCUUUAAUGUGGCUGUGCUCCUCACCAAUCUCUCAGAACAUAUGCCCCAUGACUCACGACUCAGUACCUUCCUUGACCUCGCUGAAAGCGUUCUCAGCUACUUUGAACCGUACCUGGGGCGCAUUGAGAUAAUGGGAGGUGCUAAAAGGAUUGAGAGGGUCUACUUUGAGAUCAGCGAGUCCAGUAGGACCCAAUGGGAGAAACCCCAGGUCAAGGAAUCUAAGCGACAAUUCAUCUUUGAUGUUGUCAAUGAGGGUGGUGAGAGUGAAAAGAUGGAGCUUUUUGUCAACUUCUGUGAGGACACCAUCUUUGAGAUGCAGCUGGCCUCACAGAUCUCAGAACCAGAUGCAGUGGAGCGACCAGAGGAUGAUGAGGAAGAUUUACAUAGUCUCUUGGAGGAGCUGGAGGAGGAGGAUGAGGAGCAUGCACUCGAGUCAUCCUCUGCCUUCUCCAUUGCCUGUGCCUCGAUGAAGAAAAACCUCUCCAGUUUCCGUCAGAUGUUGACCAUCAGAAGCAUGCGAAAGCGAUAUAAAAAGUUAAGAAAAAUGACUGUGAAGGAGAUGAUCAAAGGGUUUUUCUCUUUCUUCUGGAUGAUUUUCACUGGCAUUUUCUACUUCAUGUUCAACCUGGUCUGGGGCUUUUUCCACAUCCUCUGGACGUCCAUGUUUGGAGGAGGCCUUGUAGAGGGGGCUAAGAAUAUGAAAGUGACUGACAUCCUGGGAAACAUGCCUGAUCCCACACAGUUUGGUAUCCAUGGUGAUGUGCUGGAGGCAGAGAAGCUGGAGCCUGGUGAUCUAUCAUCUACAGCAGAGCUGGUACAGAUGGCUAAAGGAGACAAGGUGGAGGCUGACCUUAUGACUGAGCUAUUAAAUAUCCAGCCAAAGAGGGAAGGAGGAAAGCAUGCACUGGAGCCUGGCUUAGGCGACGUGUCUGAGAUUGUUGGCUCUGACGCGCCCUCCAUUGCAAGUGCUGUGCGCCAGAAAAAAGCUCAGAAGGAGGCUGCUGGCAUCGAGGCCACUGAGACGGACCAGAAAGCAGAGCCUGAGAAGGCAGACACAGAGGAUGGAGAGAAAAAGGACAAAGCCAAAGAGGAGAUGCCAUCUGAGCCUCCCACGGAGGAGGAGAAGAAGGUGCCCAAGAAAAGACGAGGUCAAAAGAAGGAGGCGCCCGAGGCUUUCAUGGCCAGCUUCUUUGCUGGACUGGAGGUCUACCAGACCAAGAUGCUUAACUAUCUGGCCAGGAACUUCUACAAUCUCCGUCUCCUGGCUUUGUUCGUUGCCUUUGCCAUCAAUUUCAUUCUGCUCUUCUAUAAGGUCACAGGCGAUGACUCGGAUGAGGAGGCAGAUCCCUGGAAUGGUGAUGAUGAAAAUGAGGAAGGCGGAACGGAGUACUUUGUGCUGCAGGAGAGCACAGGGUACAUGGCACCCACUCUCCGCUUCCUGGCCAUCCUGCACACAGUCAUCUCUUUCCUGUGUGUGGUGGGAUACUAUUACCUCAAGGUGCCCUUGGUGGUGUUUAAGCGUGAGAAAGAGAUAGCCAGGAAGCUGGAGUUUGAUGGCCUGUACAUCACUGAGCAGCCCUCGGAUGAUGACAUCAAAGGACAGUGGGAUCGACUGGUCAUCAACACCCCUUCUUUUCCCAACAACUACUGGGACAAAUUUGUUAAACGCAAGGUGAUCAAUAAGUAUGGAGAUCUUUAUGGUGCAGAGAGGAUAGCUGAAUUGCUGGGUCUAGAUAAGAGCGCUCUGGACUUCAACCCCACCAAGGAGGCCGUCGUUAAGGAGGCCUCGCUGGUGUCAUGGCUUAGCUCCAUCGACACCAAAUACCACAUCUGGAAAAUGGGUGUGGUAUUUACAGAUAACCCUUUUCUCUACCUGGUCUGGUACACCACCAUGUCGAUCCUUGGACACUACAACAACUUCUUCUUUGCUGCUCACUUGCUGGACAUUGCUAUGGGCUUCAAAACCUUGAGAACGAUCUUGUCUUCAGUUACUCAUAAUGGCAAACAGCUGGUGCUGACGGUAGGGCUGCUGGCAGUGGUGGUGUACCUGUACACUGUAGUGGCCUUUAACUUCUUCCGCAAGUUCUACAACAAGAGCGAGGAUGAAGAUGAACCAGACAUGAAGUGUGAUGACAUGAUGACCUGCUACCUGUUCCACAUGUAUGUGGGUGUGAGGGCCGGUGGUGGCAUCGGGGAUGAGAUUGAGGACCCUGCAGGCGACCCUUAUGAGCUUUACCGCAUCCUCUUUGAUAUCACCUUCUUCUUCUUUGUCAUUGUCAUCCUGCUGGCUAUCAUCCAAGGUCUAAUCAUUGAUGCGUUUGGAGAGCUAAGAGAUCAACAGGAACAAGUGAAAGAAGACAUGGAGACCAAAUGCUUCAUCUGUGGAAUUGGAAAUGAUUACUUUGACACAACACCACAUGGCUUUGAGACACACACCUUACAGGAGCACAACCUGGCUAACUACUUGUUCUUCCUGAUGUACCUCGUCAACAAAGAUGAGACGGAGCACACUGGUCAGGAGUCGUACGUGUGGAAGAUGUAUCAGGAGAGAUGCUGGGACUUCUUCCCUGCCGGAGACUGUUUCCGCAAGCAGUACGAGGACCAACUGGGGUAGAUCAGACCUUGUAUCUUCAGUUCCCUGUCAACUGCUGAAGAAACACACAGACACCAUGAAAGAACCUCCAAACUGUUAUACAACUGCACCACAGGUAUCCUCAGACAUCUGAACUUAAGAGAACAUAAGCCCUCGAUCAUCAGAGAGACCAGAUGCAAAAGUCAUACUAUUAUUUUGUAUUAAAGUGAAACCAUCCUGUAUCAGCGUUAAAUAUUUCCAUUGUAUGGUACAGUGCCACAUUUCGGUGUACCAAAACUUACAAAAAAGAUACAAAGUUUUGUUUUUUUUUGGGAACAGUCUGUUCUUUUGACAUGUUGCCUUUCUUAUGAAUAAUACCGAGCCGUUGCAUAAAAUUUUUCGUCUCUGACAAACACUGGAUUGUGUAGGGUUUUGGAAUGAGGUUUCAAUCUCUGUCCUAAUUAUGCACAAGAAUUACCACUUCAAUAUUCACAGAAUGUUGAAAUUGAGACUUAUGCCAAAUGGUUGUACGCGUAGAUUUAUACACAGUGUUGUAAUAUUUAAACUGUCACUCUGCCUGAUCAGAUGAAAAACAGUUUAAAUGAAGUUGAGCUAAAGGGUUGAACAUGCUUUGAAAUGCCUACUAUCAAGUAUCAAAGUGCCUUACUGACAUGACAAAGCUAUGCAAAACCAUUUCUGUUCUUUCUAGUAUGGUAGUGCUGUAGUUUUCCUGGAUUAGCGACAAGCAGAUGUACCAAGGUUAGUUUUGUGGCUUUUGUUUUAAAAUUAAGGGACAUGUAAAUUCUAUUCAGUUUCUCUCCAACUGCAGCAACCCAACUGCAAAUCUUCACAAUACAAUUAAACUGCUAAGAAAUCACCAUUCAAAAAGUCACCAAUGGGAAUAAAUGCUGUUGUAUGGCCAUUUGUAUGUAGUAGCUUUGCUAACCUGUGUAUUUCUUUUGAGGGGGGAAAUAAAGAACCCACUUGCAAUAAAAUAUUUCUGCUUGAA